AUGGGCAAGUGGUCUGGACCUGAGGUCUGGACCCAAGGUCUGGACCCACGGUCUGGGCCCACGGUCUGGACCCACGGUCUGGAGCCACAGUCUGGACCCAAGGUUGGAGACGAGGGAGGUCCGGACCCAGGUUUCAAGGUCUGGUCGGACCUUGGCCGGACUCUGGCCGGACCCUGGCCGGGCCCUUAUCGAACCUUGGCCGAACCUUGUCCGGACCUUGGCCGGACUUUGAUCGGGCCGGGCCCUUAUCGAACCUUGGCCGAACCUUGUCCGGACUUUGAUCGGGCCCUGGCCGGACCCUUGCCGGACCUUGCCAGACCUGGUCCGGACCCUGGCCUGGACCUGAGGUCUGGACCCCGGGCCCUGGUCGAACCCUGGCCGGACCUUGGCCGGAACCUGGCCGAACUUUGCCCGGACCCUGGCCGGACCCUUGCCGGACCUGGCCCUGACUCUGGCCGGACUCUGACCGGACCCUGCCGGGCCCUGGUCGAACCCUGGCCGGACCUUGGCCGGAACGGCCGGACUUUUGCCGGACCGUUGCCGGACCUGGCCCGGACUUUGGCCGGACUCUGGCCGGGUCUUGGCCGGGUCUUGGUCGAACCCUGGCUAGCCGACCUGGCCCGGACUCUGGCCGGACUCUGGCCGAAGCCUUGCCGGGCCCUGGUCGAACCUUGGGCGGACCCUGGCCGGAUUUUGGCCGGACCCUGGCCGGACCUUGGCCGGACCCUGGCCGGACCCUUGCCGGACCUGGACUCUCACCGGACUUUGGCCGGACCCUGGCGGGCCCUGGUCGAACCUUGGCCGAACCUUGUCCGGACCUUGGCCGGACCCUGGCCGGACUUUGGCCGGACCCUGGCCGGACCCUUGCCGGACCUGGCCGGACCUGGCCGGACCUUUGCCGGACCUGGCCCGGACUCUGGCCGGACCCUGGCCGGGCCCUGA